AUGGACUUCCAGAACCGAGCUGGAGGAAAAACAGGAAGCGGAGGAGUUGCUUCGGCGGCCGAUGCCGGCGUUGAUCGGCGAGAACGACUCCGUCAGUUGGCUCUCGAGACGAUCGACCUGCAAAAGGAUCCGUACUUUAUGCGAAACCACAUCGGAACGUACGAGUGCAAACUGUGUCUCACUUUGCACAACAAUGAAGGGUCCUAUCUAGCCCACACCCAGGGAAAGAAGCAUCAGGCCAAUCUCGCCCGUCGUGCCGCCAAAGAACAAUCGGAGCAGCCGUUCCUGCCGGCUCCGCAGAAAUCAUCUGUAGAAACGAAGAAGUUCGUGAAAAUCGGACGUCCCGGAUACAAAGUGACGAGGGAACGCGACCCGGGAACCGGCCAGCAGGCUCUUCUCUUCCAAAUCGAUUAUCCGGAGAUCACCGACGGCAUCGCGCCACGUCACCGCUUCAUGUCGGCCUACGAGCAGAAGAUUCAGCCGCCAGACAAGAGAUGGCAGUACCUUCUGUUCGCCGCUGAACCAUACGAGACAAUCGGAUUCAAGAUUCCUUCCAGGUAACUGAGCAACUAGAGAAUAACGGAAAACAACCGAGCAUUUUCAGAGAAGUUGACAAGUCGGAAAAGUUCUGGACAAUGUGGAACAAGGACACGAAGCAGUUCUUCCUGCAGGUCGCCUUCAAGAUGGAGCGAAACGACGAACAACAACCGUAUUAUUGAUACUCUGUGCUUUUUCUUUUUAUCCUCAAAUUUCAAUUUCAUGUUCCUUUUUGAUGAUCUAAGUAACAAUAAAUUAUUACGUCCAAAAAAAUUCUCGAUAAUUGAAAAUAUAGGUUUAUUCCCAUCCUGAAAAUCUAUUUAAAAGUGUAACAAUUGUUUCUAGUUGUCUGAUUUUCUUCUGCAGAUGGCGAAGAAAAUCACCAAGAGGAAGGUCGAAUCGACGGAAUCCGCAGAGGCUCCGAAAGCGCCGAAGAUUGCGAAGAAAAUGAAAACCGCUGCUCCGCUGGAGACUUAUCAAGCGGGAGGACUCUCCAGUCUCUUCGGAAAGUCCACGGACGGAUCGACCAUUCAGGAAGACGUCGUCAAGGGAGACUCGGUCAUUGAGAAGCCAAAGAGAAGAAAGUUCGAACCGAAGAAGAAAACUGCCGAAGUGGUGAAGGGCGACGAAGAAAAAGAAGAAUCGAGGAAGACUGAGGACGGAGUGAAAGAAGUGGAAGGGGAGAAGAAAGAAGAGAAGAGGGACCGAACGAAGCAGAGAGAGAAUCGGGCUCUUCAGAAGAGCAACGCUCGUACGGCGGCCGCGGAGAACGCGAAGACUGUGUUCGUGGGCAACGUGCCUUUGACGAUGAACGAGAAAUCGAUCCGUCGCAUCUUCUCCGAUUUUGGUGCCAUCGCUUCCGUUCGUAUGCGAAAUCUCAUUCCUACGAACGAGAAAUUGACGAAAAGAGUGACUCAUUUGACGGGAAAAUUCCACGACAAACAGAAUUCGCUCGUUUUUUACGUAAAGUUCGAAGCGGAAGAGUCCGUUGAGAAGGCACUGAAAUACAAUGGAACGAAGCUUGAGGAGCACGUCAUCCGCGUCGACAAAGUCGGAUCAAAGAAAAAAGAUUUCGGAAAGGAUUUGGCUGUGUUCGUCGGAAAUCUGCCUUUCGAUGUGACCGAGGAUGUCCUCAUUGCGUUCUUCACUGAACAAAUCGGACCACUCGAAGCCGUCAGAAUUGUGAGAGACAAAGAGAGCGGACAGGGAAAAGGGUUUGCAUUCGUCAACUUCACGGAGGAGUCGUCUGUUAGUCUCGCACUCGGAAUGGAGACCAUCAAAAUGGGGAAACGAGAACUUCGUCUUACUAAAGUGAUGAAGAAAGGAAAACUGACAGUAAUCAAUGUUCCGCGAAUAUAUCAAUGAUUUCCUCGGUUUCAGAAGAUCCAAUCCGCUAAGAAGCGAACUUCCAGUACACAGAAGAACCAGAAGUCGGCUGAAAUCGCGGGAAAGAUGCACAAUUUCAAGUUUUCCACCAAGAAGCAACGGUAAGAGCGCGCCCUUCUUUCUCGCUUUCACUAGUUUUCCGCCGCCCCUCUCGCGUUUCGUUGCGCACAGCACCACUCUACCGCCUGUCAUUAAUAGCGCAGUUGGGUGUGUGCGGGUCUGCUAGACGGCCGGCCGCUCUCAGUUCGACCCCCGCCCACUGCAAGCAUGACUGCAACCUGCUUUCGGACAUGUUCCGUCUGCAGUACUUGUAGUGCGAUAUGAACCUGUGGGCCCUCCGUGUGCGUGUAACCUCAUUGAACUAGCACUCCGUUGGUCACCAGACAAUUUUAUUUCUUGCAGAACAGCCGAACAAAACGAUCGUCGUGCUCUGAAGAAAUCUGCGAAGAAGGCGAUUGCGAAGAAGAAGGCGGCCAAACAGGGACGAUUGAUGGCUUAG